AUAGAUGUAGAAAAAACCCGGAUAGGACUCCUAUUAUUGGACGAAGGGUUGGAUUGAGGUUGAGGGGAUGAUUCAUGGCUUUUACUCUGUUGAUAGAUCACAUCCUGGUGGCCAUGGCAGCUGCGGUAGGGACGGAUGUAGAAAAAACCGGGAUAGGACUCCUAUUGUUGGACGAAGGGGGUAAUAUUUUUUUGUUGAAAAAUUGGAUAUUAGAUUUAUUAAAAUACGUUAUGGAGUUAAUUAAAUUUACCUUUUUUGGAACAAAAAAAGGGAAAGUAAAUUGUUUUGUUGACCGUUUCUUUAGUUAGGACAGACGCUUCACCUUCUCUUCUCUUUAUAGAAAAAUAGUUUUGAGCUUCCGUCUCCCGCUCUCCCUCUCCAUCUCCUUCUCUCUCCAAACAAGAAAUUAUCUUAUCGUCAAUUCGAAACAAAAAAUCAAAUCUUUUUCAGCCCUCGGGGCAAGAUUUGAAGGUUAAAAUUGAUAGAACAAAAAAAGAAGCAGAAAUUCUGGGAUGGACGAAGGAGGCGGAUCAGUAGAUUCAAAUGCGACGGGAACGGAGACAUCGUAUCCUUCCAAUUCGAUUUUUUCGAAUCUUCCGUUGAUGUCAGCUCUUUUCGCCUUUGCGAUUGCACAGUCAUUGAAGGUUUUGUCCUCAUGGUAUAGGGAAGACCGUUGGGAUAUCAAGCAACUUGUUGGCUCCGGGGGCAUGCCCUCGUCCCAUUCAGCAACCGUUGCUGCUCUUGCAGUGUCUAUCGGUUUCCAAGAGGGUUUUGGAGGAUCACAAUUUGCCCUUGCACUAAUCAUGGCAUUUGUGGUGAUGUACGAUGCCACUGGAGUGAGAUUGCACGCUGGGCGCCAAGCAGAGGUUUUGAAUCAAAUCAUAUGCGAGCUUCCAUCUGAACACCCUCUCGCUGAAAGCAGGCCCUUGCGCGAGCUUCUUGGCCACACUCCUCCUCAGGUUGUUGCUGGUGCGACGCUAGGAAUGGUGACAGCAGCAGCAGGCCAUUUCCUCUUCAACUAUCGUGCCCGAGCCUGAUGAUUCUCGACUCUAAUAUCUCUGCCUCGAGCAAACACAGACGUGGUGGUGCACCAGACUCAUAAGAAUGAAGAUUAGAUUAGGUUUUUUUUGGAGUGAAUGUUCUUGAAUUCCAGUUUAUGAAGAAAAGUGAAUAGCAGAGUUGGCUGUAGGGAGAAAGCUACCAUUGUUAUAGGACAUGCCAUAAUCCAGUGAUUGAAAAUUGCACACUGUGGAACAUAUUUUUGGAUAUAAAAACAACAGAUAAUUCUUUACUA